AUGUCCCUCGUUGUUCCUGAAGCACACCAGCAGUUCCAGCACAUUCUCCGUCUGCUCAACACUAAUGUUGACGGAAAGCGCAAGAUUAUGUACGCUCUGACGGAGAUUAAGGGUGUUGGACGUCGUUACUCCAACCUUGUUUGCAAGAAGGCAGAUGUUGAUCUCAACAAGCGUGCCGGUGAAUUGAACUCUGAUGAGCUUGAGCGUAUUGUCACGAUUAUCCAAAAUCCCACUCAAUUCAAAAUUCCCACAUGGUUCCUGAACAGACAGAAGGAUAUCGUAGAUGGCAAGGACUCACAGAUCCUUUCCAACGGUGUCGAUUCGAAGUUGCGUGAUGACCUCGAGCGAUUGAAGAAGAUUCGGGCCCAUCGUGGUCUCAGACACUUCUGGGGCCUGCGGGUGCGUGGUCAGCACACAAAAACUACUGGCCGUCGCGGGAAAACGGUCGGUGUGUCGAAGAAACGGGGUUAG